UCGGACUGCUGGAGAUAUCUGCGAGGAGGAGGAGCUGUCAAAGUUUCCCAGAGAAGGAAAAGUCUUUUACUUGACGAGAGUGAAAAAGCUACAGAUUUUGUUUAUUAUUUUUUUGAGUUUUGAUAAAGCGGAGUAUCGCGUGUUGUUGGUAUGGAAUGACACCUUCUCACCAGGAGCGUCAAAAACACGAUGGCAACCCGUUUGGUGAAGUGGAUCAGUCUCACCUCUCUGCUGCUGUGCCUGGGCUGCUCUGCUCUGGCGGAAGGGAAAGUAUGUCAAGGCAUCACCAACCGUUUAAAUCUUCUGGGUACCAAAGAGGACCACUACCUGAACAUGGUUAAGACCUACAGCAACUGCACCGUGGUCCUGGAGAAUCUGGAAGUCACCUACAUGGAGGACCACCGUGACUUGUCCUUCCUUUCGUCUAUUGAGGAAGUGGGCGGCUAUGUGCUGAUUGCCCUCAACACAGCAUCCAGGAUUCCUCUGCAGAACCUUCGGAUCAUUCGAGGUCAUUCGCUCUAUGAGGGAAUGUACGGCCUCGCUGUGCUCACCAAUUAUGACAAACCUACAGGUCAGGGCACCGACCAGAUUCUGCUGACCAGCCUGACAGAAAUUCUUAAAGGCGGUGUUAAGUUUGGGACUAACCAGCCAUGCAAUGUCGAAACAAUACAGUGGUAUGACAUUGUCAACGCUGAGAGCAAACCCAAAAUGGUGCUUCCAUUGCCCAUCAGUCAUCCACGUUGUAAAAAAUGUGACUCAAGCUGCUUCAAUGGCUCCUGCUGGGCACCCGGUCCUGAAAACUGUCAGACCUUGACAAAGCUGAACUGUGCACAGCAGUGCUCUAAGAGAUGCAAAGGGCCUUCACCCAGUGACUGCUGUAAUGAGCACUGUGCUGCAGGCUGCACAGGACCGCGGCCCACCGACUGUCUGGCCUGUCGGGACUUCCAGGACGACGGGGUGUGUAAGGACUCCUGCCCGGGCCUCAUGCGCUACGACCCCAACCUGCACCAGCUGGUACCCAACCCACAUGGAAAGUACAACUUCGGGGCCACGUGUGUCAAGAGCUGCCCACAUAACUAUGUUGUAACUGAUCAUGGAGCGUGUGUGCGGACGUGCAGUGUUAACACCUACGAGGUGGACGAUGGAGGAAUCAGGAAGUGCGCCAAGUGUGACGGACUGUGCCCAAAAGUGUGUAAUGGACUUGGAACAGGAAAUCUGACUCACACCCUGUCUGUCAAUGCCACCAACAUCGACUACUUUAAAAACUGCACAAAAAUCAAUGGUAACAUUGCUAUCAUCCGCACUUCGAUUCACGGUGAUUCAUAUACCAAAACACCGAAGAUGGAGCCUUCUCAGCUUGAUGUGUUUAAGACAGUUAAGGAAAUAACUGGAUACUUGUUGAUUCAAGAGUGGCCAGCAAGCAUGAGCUCACUCAGCCCAUUCAAGAAUCUGGAGAUCGUUCGAGGACGAACUAAACGUGGAAGCCGCAGUGUGAUGGUAGUUCAGCUCGGCAUCAGCUACCUGGGGCUUCGCUCCCUGAAAGAAAUCAGCGGUGGAGACGUGGUCAUCAUUAAGAACAAGAACCUGUGCUACACUGACAAAAGUCACUGGAAGAGGCUCUUUAAAUCAGAAAGCCAAAGUGCUACAAUAGAGGACAACGCUGAUGCUGCCACAUGUGCUCUGAGGAACAACACUUGUGACAGAAAGUGUACCACGGACAGCUGCUGGGGCCCCGGCCCGGACAUGUGUUUCUCCUGCCGUGACUACAGCCGUGAUGGGAGCUGUGUUGACUCCUGCAACAUCCUGGAGGGAGAGCCGCGGGAGACCGUCGUGAAUAAAACCUGCGUGGAGUGUCACCCCGAGUGUCUGCGCUUGAACGGGACUGCAACCUGCAGUGCCCCUGGUCCUGGAAACUGUACUAAGUGUGCCAACUUCCAAGACGGCCUGUUCUGUGUGUCUCGCUGUCCCCAAGGAGUGCCAGGGGAGGACGACACACUGGUGUGGAAAUACGCAGAUGCGAUGAAAGUGUGCAAGCUCUGCCACAAGAACUGCACUCAAGGGUGCAUCAGUCCUGGUCUUGAAGGCUGCCCGGUUAUAAGCUCCUCUGGCCUUUCCAUGAUUGCAGCUGGUGUAGUUGGGGGGCUGCUGGCUGUUCUCAUCGCCGGCCUGUCUGUGUUUGUGUUGCUCCGCCGACGCCACAUCAAGAGGAAGAGAACCAUGCGUAGACUUCUCCAAGAGAGAGAGUUGGUUGAACCUCUGACCCCAAGUGGAGAGGCUCCAAACCAGGCUCUGCUGCGGAUCCUGAAGGAACCUGAAUUUAAGAAAAUCAAAGUGCUUGGAUCAGGAGCUUUUGGUACAGUUUACAAGGGCCUGUGGGUUCCAGAGGGAGAGGAUGUGAAGAUACCAGUUGCCAUCAAGGUUUUGAGGGAGGCUACAUCACCAAAAGCAAACAAAGAGAUCUUGGACGAGGCUUACGUGAUGGCCAGUGUGGAACACCCCCAUGUGUGUCGUCUGCUCGGCAUCUGCCUGACGUCCACAGUGCAGCUCGUCACCCAGCUGAUGCCGUACGGCUGCCUGCUGGACUAUGUCAAAGAGAACAAGGACAAUAUCGGCUCCCAGUACCUGCUCAACUGGUGUGUGCAGAUAGCCAAGGGUAUGAACUACCUGGAGGAGCGCCACUUAGUACACCGUGACUUGGCAGCGAGAAACGUCCUGGUGAAGACACCUCAGCAUGUCAAGAUCACCGACUUUGGUCUGGCUAAACUCCUCAACGCAGAUGAGAAAGAGUACCAUGCAGAUGGUGGGAAGGUACCAAUAAAAUGGAUGGCUCUUGAAUCUAUUCUAAACAGAACAUACACACACCAGAGUGACGUGUGGAGUUACGGCGUAACAGUUUGGGAGCUGAUGACAUUUGGGACCAAACCGUACGAUGGGAUUCCAGCCAGUGAAAUAGCCGGGGUCCUGGAGAAAGGGGAGAGACUGCCUCAACCUCCAAUCUGUACCAUCGAUGUCUACAUGAUCAUGGUGAAAUGUUGGAUGAUUGAUGCAGAUAGCCGACCUCGUUUCCGGGAGCUCAUAGCUGAGUUUACAAAAAUGGCUCGGGAUCCUCCUCGAUAUCUGGUCAUUCAGGGCGAUGACCGCAUGCACCUACCAAGUCCCACAGACACUAAAUUGUACCGUAGCCUGAUCAGCGGGGAGGACAUGGUGGACGCUGUGGAUGCGGAUGAGUACCUGGUGCCACAACAUGGCUUCUUCAGCAGCCCGAGCACCUCUCACACCCCUCUGCUUCACUCCACGAGCCUCAACAGUAGCAUUGGGACAUGCCACAGCAGAACUGGCUUAUUGAAUGGAUUCCCGAGCAGAGAUGGAAGCAUGGUGCUCCGGUAUAUCCCUGACCCCACAGACAAACUUUUAGACGAGGCCUUCCUGCCGUCUCCAGACUACAUGAACCAGAAUGGAGUCUCAGAUAUGAUGAAUCCCAUCUACCAGCACCCUGGUCCACCUCGUACCAUCCUCCCCACCAUCUCUUCAGACGACACAGAGACGGAGUACCUGAACUGCUUUAAAAACGAGGCCAAUGGACCCGAGUACCUCAACGAGGUCCCUUCCCCGGCCAUCCUUCCACUCACCUCCAACGGCACGGUUCACAGCAUUCAGAAAUACCAGCCCCAGAACAGCAUAGACAACCCUGAUUACCAACAGGACUUCACUCCGACCUUCAAGAGCCACGCCAACGGACACAUCCCAGCAGCAGAGAACGCAGAGUAUCUGGGCCCAGACUGAGGACUCAGUGGAUACAGACAAUAAAUAUGAGACCGUUUCCUGUUCCAUUAGGAAAGGGCAUUGAUGUCUUGACUGGGAAAGCAUAGCUAAGUGGUACCAUCAAUUAUCAUAUACGUCUUACGGAGUCAGGUGACACUUUGUGCAGCUUCCCGUGCUGUUUGCAUGCAGUCAUACCUGUCACGCCAAACCCCUCUCAUUCCAAAGAGUUUUUUCUUUCCACCAACUUUUUCUUGAUGGAAGCUGGAAGGAAGCUGACUCGAACAUGACUCGAUUGAGCUGAGAGUUGCUGGACCAGAUGCACUCCAUUCAUGCGUUGUAACUGUUCUCUUCUGCUUCUAAAAGUUGUGCCCAAAAUGCUGUAUGUGGUCCAAACGUGUCAGAGGAGGACUGCUACUAAUAAAGGAUGUAAAUGCCUCCAUUUUUGGGGAGGCAGAAGCUCUAUUGCAAAGAACACAAACAGGCAGCUCAACCUAAAACACAACCUAAGGUACAAAUGUUGUAGAAUCACAAGAUAGAUACAGUCUGGACAUGUUGGAAUUUAAAGGGUUGACAACACACAGCGGUGCACUCGCUUGACGCUGAUGUGAAGGCUUUGAGCAUGUUUCUGUGGUGCAGUCAAGAUGAUUAAAGGGAGCUCUUACUUGUAAAAUGUUGGCUCGACUGUGACGACACUCAUCUUACAGGAUGAGUCAACGAGUACACAAAUGUUGCAAUGUAUAGAAUGUAUAGUCAGUUUAAAGCGGGAUACUGGUGAAUUGUAUUGUUUGCUUUCAUGCUCUAAGACAGUUCUAUGUGUGUUACAAACUGGUUUCUUUUAGAUUAAAACGAGAGAGUUUCCUGUGUCCCCUGAAGUGUGAUAUCACACUAACUAUGUUGAGAAUGUAACAGUAAAUAUAGCAAAUGUGAUUGUGGUUGUAUUCACACUGCUGUAGCGUGAAGCAUAUUUGUCUAAGCUUUCUGUCAGUGUGGCACAUUAGUUUGUGUACCCAGGAAGUGUUUUCUGGUCCUUUUUACUGAUUAUGUCCCACCAUCUUUUGUAACACUCUGACUGCACUUAAUUUUUUACAGAGACAAAAAAAAAAAAAAACACUAGGAAAAAAAAAAAGCUUUCACUUGUUUGAAAUAAUGCUGGUUGAACUGUCUUAGGUCAUGUGAGUAACUUGUUUAAAUUUUUAGAUCCGGAGUAGUGUUUCCCUGUAAGUUGUUUUACAGACUAUUUGGAUGGCUUGACUCAGAAACAAUGUUUCUGAUGUUGUUGUAGCUACAUUAUUAUCUGGAGACUUUUCCUCGUUUGAUUUUUUUUUUUAAACAAAAGUGUAGAUUUUUUUUCUCACAAGGUGUUGACACCAUAUCUAUAAAUCUGCUCCUAGCUUUAAAGUCUUGUAGUCUUGCAAGAGCAUUAACUUUUCAAAUAUUAUUCCUAGUUUUAAAGGAAUAUACUAUUGUAGCAAUCUAAACAUCCUACUUUUGCAGAUUUUACACAGGUACAUGUACAGAAAACAUUGAUUAUACUGUAAUAUACCCCCCCCCCCAAAAUAGUCACCUAUAAUUUAUACUCAAUACACAGUUUUGUCACAUCAUAUGUGAACAUGCACUUAUUCCUGAAUUGUGAUUUCAUUCAAAAGUGAACAUGAAUAAAUCUUUUUUCUAUGGAAAUA